AUGUCAUCGUCAACGCUCUAUGCGCAGACUACAAAAGAAUGGAUCGUCCCCCCACGGCCGAAACCAGGACGGAAGCCCAAAACAAAAGGCGAAGCAGGUGUCGCUAACGGUGAUGAAGAAGAGUCAAAAAGAAAUCAAAACAGAGCAUCUCAGCGAGCUUUCCGCGAGAGAAAACAGAGCCAACUAGCUGAUCUUCAAGCCCUCGUGGAGAAGUAUGAGCGUGGAGAAAUUGAGCGUAAUGUCGCACUCCAGACAGUCGCGAAACAACUUAAGGAAGAGAAUGAACUUCUCAAAGCCGAGAAUGCAUUAUUGAAAUCUGAGAAUAGCUGUCUGAAGGCUCAACUAGCCGCGAAAGCAAACAACCUCUUCCAAAAUGGCGGGGAAACGUCCCAACAAGGCCAAGGCCUGGCUGCCCCUUCGAUUCCAUCCGAAAGUUCAUUCAGCGCCUCGACAAAGAGACGGAAGCGACGUGCCAAUGAUGAGAUUAGUGCGGAUGGGAUUCCCAUAUCGGAGACUCGGAAACGGUCAAAGUCCACGAAUCGCACAACAUCAGUAGGACCCUCCGAAAGCGAAGCCACUUCGCAAACAAUUCAAUUACCUCAUGUUUCUGCGGUCCCACUCCGUUCUCGCCGUUCUUGCCGUUCCCCAGCUUUCUCUCAGAAAUACUGGCAAUGGCACGUAGAGACCAUCUCCGUCCCGCCUUCGGACCCCUUCGAAUCAGUGGUCGACGAGAACUGCACGGGAGAUCCCUCUAAUUGCCCGGCCUGUGCCGACAUUCCUUCAAAUCAAGCAUUCUGUGCUGCUCUGGGGGAUGUAUUUGGUGGCGUGCAAGCAGAUGCCGAGAUUCGGCGCGCAAGUCCUUGUCCAUCAGGACCUCCUGAUUCAGCCUCUGCCGUCGAUGAUGUGACACAUGAAUCUCCGCACAAGGCAGUAGCCCGACGUCCUACGCCUCCCAUCUCCAUACCUAUCUCAUCGCUGUGCUGUGGCGAUCCCAAGUUGUGUGGUGGCGGAAAUUGUGGACCACAUGCUCUUCUCCCUCCAAUCCUCUCUAUCGAGACAUCUUCGGUGUCUACGCUCACCAGCCCUCAGCAAAGUGCGACAGUCUACAGUGUUGACUGUAGUAUAUCAGGGAGGAGUCGGGAAAGCACUCUUUUCUUUCCACCCAUAACUACAAAUCAAGAUGACCAAAGUGCUUCUCUGGGAAGUAAUGCCACAAUCCCCUGCAACCAUGCUUGGGCACGACUUAGUGCUCACCCAAAUAUCGAUUCCGCUGAUUUAAUGUUACUCGCAGAGGUCGUAGCGUGCAGAGACCACUUACGAGUCGAAUCUAAUGCUCGUGACGAGGUGGAUAAUGGUGAUAGUAGCGGCCGUGCUGGCCGGAGGGAGCGGGUGGUGAGGGUUACUGAGGAGGGAUUGAAGGAUGCCUUGACGUUGCUAGAUACGAUUGGUUCUAGUAGAUCACAGCUGUGA